CACCACCAUGCCUUUCACUGUGAAGGCCACUUUCAAAGGCGAGACGCGCAGGGUCUCGUUCCCGGAAACGGCCUUUCCUGCCUACGAGCAGGUCUGUCAUGAGCUUUACCGUCUCUUCCCGCUCUCCAGUACUUUCCACCUCGAUAGGUUACUCUUCGUUCCAGACUCCGCUCAGCCCUCUCGUAUCAUGCUUGCGAAGGAGGUUUCGACGGAGAGCGAGUACAUGAACGCCAUCGCGCCGCACAGGGCGCACGUAGGGUCGAGCUCUAUGCUGACGUUCAACGUCACGGAGGACCGGCUGCGCAAGCUCCCAGCUGCGCCGGCCUUCAGUGCUGUGAGCUCUAGCGAGUACGACAUGUCUGUUGAUCGGCCGUCGACGACGCAGAGUCCACGACUAUACUCGGGUGUCCCUGCCAUGGACAUGCCCCACAAUCCUAUAUCAUGCGCGGCUAUUCCACCCCCUCCCAUCAUCUACUCGACACCGCAAGCAGGAUUUGCGUCCUUCGACCAGCUAUGGAGUCACCCCUCGCCGUUUGCCCAUUCUGCUUCGCCGCAUGGCACGGUCCCACCAUCGGCCUGCUGCUCGGUUUCGCAGGGCAAAGCCGAGGUCAAGGAAAUGCUUCAAAGAUUCCGUCUCGAUCUCGACCGCAUAGUAGCCACCUCCUUCGGUGGAGAAGGGCCAGUAGAACGUGAUACGGUGAAGCCGAGUGGUAAUAAUCCGCAGCAUCCCGUAUACUGCUCGGCCUGUACCUCCAUAUGUCAGGGGCCUUACGCUGUUUGCAAGCGUUGUCAGAUCAUCAAAUGCUCGGCCUGCAGCGCGAAACCUGACCACACGUUCUGCAUGCUCAGCGUCGAAGGUCAUGAGAUGAGCCAUCACGGCUUCCUCGAUGCCACCAGCCUUCCUGUCCCUCCGCCUCUGGAUACUCCCCGAGUCGAUGUCCAUCCGCCCGUGGUGCACGAUGGUGUUAUCUGCGACAAGUGCAAUAAGACUAUCGAAGGAGUCCGUCGCAAGUGUCUGGACUGCCCAGAUUAUGACCUGUGCACUGCUUGCAUGACCAGUGGAGCUGCCGAGGAACACAAUCCUUUCCACGAGUUCUUCGACAUCGAGGUCCCUGGGCGUGUCAUUGUACAUCAGGUCUUCAGCGGGCCGGACGCGCCCUCUCGCUCGACCACAGGCGCCCAGAGCGUAGUGUCAGGCUCGCCCAUGAUGCAUGUUCAUAACGCGUUCUGCGAUAUCUGCUCUUCCAGGAUCCACGGCGAUCGCUACAAAUGUAUCACUUGCCCGGAUUUCGACACUUGUUCAUCUUGCUAUAGCAAGACCAAGGCGGAGCAUCCAGGCCACGCCUUCGCCAAACUUGUAGGUCCCGGGGAUGCCAUAGCCGUACACCAGGCGACUUGCGAUCUCUGCGACUCCAAGAUUCGCGGAGACCGCUUCAAAUGCGUCAAUUGCCCCGAUUUCGAUACCUGCGCGGCAUGCUUUGAGAUCACUUCCGAGCAGCAUCCUGGUCAUGCCUUCGUCAAGGUCGCCAGGCCGGAGGAUCACAUCAAUCGCAAGAGUAUCGGCUCGUUCGCGAACCAUAUGGCGACCUGCGAUUGUUGCAACAAGCCUAUCCGUGGCGUACGCUACAAGUGCAUGCAUGCGGACUGCGCCGACUUCGACUUGUGCGCGAACUGUGAAGCGCUGCCAAUCGCGGUACACCCAGAUAAUCACCCGAUGCUUAAGAUCAAGUCCCCGAGCGUCUCCAUCCCUCGAGUGCACAGGUUGGAACAGCAAGCGUCGGCCACAGACGCGACAUCUCAGGCCACCGUCGACCGGGAGAUUGAAGCUUUCAACGCUGGCUACAUCUUCAACCCCUUCGAUUCUCGUGUCCCUUCGCCUUCCCUCGACGACAGUCAUGCUGAGCCUGCUCCGCCGUCGCCGGCGGCGCCAUGGCAAGCGUUGGCUGACGCUCAGACGUCCCCACCCAUGCAGGUCCCUGGAGGUUACGACACCGACUAUUUCCCCGCAUUUGCAGCCCCGGAACUCGCCCCACCUCUCAUAAGCCUGGAGCAAUCUGUUUCCGCCCUCGCUACGGCGGAGCAUCUCAUGGCGAACCUCCGCGUUGGCGAAGAAACUAAUGCAACAAUUCAAGUGGAUCUGCCCUCGCGGCCUGCGAGUACGACCCCCGUCAAUGUCUCGCCACAGCUACCAUUGAGCGGCGCGCAUUCCUCGACUGACCGCAGCGGUGGAGCGCCAGACAAACGGACCCCUAACGAGUCGCUGGCUGCUUUGCUGCAUGGAUACACUUCCGCGGAAUCGUCUGUAGUGGACGUGAAGAGGCCCUCCAUGACGGAGGCAAUGCUUCAGGCCGACUUCGUGGCCGACGUUACUGUUCCCGAUGGUCAAGUCUUUCCGCCAGGCGCCGAAUUCGUGAAGGUGUGGCGUGUGCGUAACAGUGGAGACGCUGACUGGCCAUCGUCCACCUCUCUCGCUUUCGUUGCGGGGUCACCGCUGGGAGGAGCGAAGAAGGCCAUACCUGUUGGUUCUGUAGCCGCAGGUUCGGAGGUGGAACUUGCGACGGACGAGCUCAAGGCUCCUGAUGCUCCUGGUCGCUACCUUGGUUACUGGAGGUUGAAGGAUGACAAGGAACAUGUAUUCGGAGCGACAUUUUGGAUCGAGGUCGUCGUACAAGAGGCAAGCGGUAUGCGUGAAGACAACGAAGGACUGACCUCGUCCUCCAUCGUCGUAAUGCCGCAAGCUGCGCCUGCUCACGAGCGCACGGCGAGCGCGGACAGCAUCAGCUCGCCAGUGACCGCACCGUCGAAGCCCUCGAGCGAAAGCGGGUUCGAUAGCUCGUCUAUGUCCAUCAUUAGCGGCGACUCGGAUGAUGAGCUGUGGGAAGACAGUCGCGCGCAAGCACCUGCGGAGGGUACGGAAUACGUUGUGCUCUACGACGAAGUGUCAUCCGAGGACGAUUAGUUACAUGACGGAAAGUAUCAUCUUGCGGGAUCCCCCUCCCUAUCACGCUCUUUAUAUCUCAGUUUUGACAUCUUGUUGAUCGUGUCCUCCGUUCGUUGGUAGCCUUUACAUAUAUUUAUCUGGAAAUGUGCCCUCUUGCUGUGUUGGCGAACGUAUGCCUCGG